AGAAUGUACACAUAGUUUGCCUCCUCCUCCUCCCCUUCCUUGUCUCUGCAGACAAUGCCGAAAUUAAGACAAAUGCACACAUCCGCUCCGACCGGGGCGCCAGCAUUUCUGCACGCAUGGGGAAAGCUGCAGGACGCGACACCGGCGCUACCCGCAUUGCAUCACGGACACGACUCCCGGUCCCCCGCUGUCUUCAUCCUCCCACAUCAGCCCGAGCCGGCCUAAAAGGACGACUUUCUCUAUUCGCCGGUGCAGCACAAAAACGCAUAUUCGCCGAUGAUGAAAUCGAUCCAAACGGCUUGCUCGUGUGCGCAAAAGCCGUGAAUUACGCGCGGCGCGAGUAACUUUCCAGAGCCGCCGAAUGGCUUGCGCAUCUUCGACGAGCCUGCGGGUGGCAUCCAGCGAGAGCUCUCACGCGUGUCAUUUGCAGCCCGGUCACGUUAUCGAUUAAGGAGAGCGGCAGCUAGCAGCAACCUGUGGCAGCGCGCGUCCUUGCUUCAACUUGCGUCUUCUUUCCGCGAGGUGCAAUGGAGCGACGUCGCAGCUGACGAUUUGGAAGUGUCGGGAGGAGCGGAGUCGCCCAGGGGAAAAAUGUAUGGGCGGUACACGCAGGAGCUGGGUGCCUACGCUAAGGCGGAAGCGGCCCGCCUGCGCGAUGGCGGCGUGCGCAACGGCGAAGGGCUGCGGCGGAACGCCAGCGUCCGAAGUCGUGCGGCGGAUCUGCACGAGUACCAGAAAGAACCGUGCGCCAAGUGCCAGUCAUGCGCCUCCAGCUGUCAGAAGUUUCUGAUCUCGCGGCUGGGAGAGGACUGGAUCUUCCUCAUCCUACUGGGGCUGCUCAUGGCGCUGGUCAGUUGGGUCAUGGACUACGCCAUCGCCUUCUGCCAAGAAGCACAGAAGUGGAUGCACGGCGGCCUGGACAAUCAUCUGCUGCUGCAGUACAUCGCCUGGGUCAGCUACCCCGUGGUGCUCAUCACGUUCUCGGCAGGAUUCACGCAGAUCCUGGCCCCGCAGGCCGUGGGCUCGGGCAUUCCGGAGAUGAAGACCAUCCUGAGGGGGGUGGUCCUCAAGGAGUACUUGACUUUUAAGACGUUUGUGGCCAAGGUCAUCGGGCUCACCUGCGCCCUGGGCAGCGGGAUGCCUCUGGGGAAGGAGGGACCUUUCGUACACGUGGCCAGCCUGUGCGCUGCCCUUCUCAGCAAAUUCAUGGCCGCUCUUUUUGGCGGAAUCUACAUGGAAGAGCCCUUCGAGGGAAGUAAGAAUGAGUUGAGGAACACCGAAAUGCUGUCGGCUGCUUGCGCGGUGGGCGUUGGUUGCUGCUUUGCCGCACCUAUCGGAGGGGUGUUGUUCAGCAUCGAGGUCACGUCGACGUUUUUUGCUGUGAGGAACUACUGGAGGGGCUUCUUCGCUGCUACCUUUAGCGCCUUCAUCUUCCGAGUGCUGGCGGUAUGGAACCAGGAGGAAGAGACCAUCACAGCUCUCUUUAAGACUCGCUUCCGUCUGGAUUUCCCCUUUGACCUUCAGGAGCUGCCGGCCUUCGCCGUUCUCGGGAUCGCCUGCGGUUUCGGCGGCGCCCUGUUUGUCUACCUGAAUCGGCUCAUCGUGGAGUGCAUGAGGAAGCAGAAGACCAUAAACAAGCUCUUGCUGAGGAAUCCGUCUCUUCCUGUCAGGCGUUUGGCGUAUCCGGCGCUCGUCACCCUGCUGGUGUCCACGCUCACGUUCCCUCCGGGCCUCGGGCAGUUCAUGGCGGGCCAGCUGACGCAGCACGAGUCGUUGGUGGCGUUGUUUGACAACCGCACGUGGUGCCGCCAGGGUGUGGCCGAGGAGUUUGACUACAUCAGCCACCACCACCACGCCUGGAAGCACCCGCAGGUCAACGUCUUCAUCACGCUCGUCCUCUUCAUCGUCAUGAAGUUUUGGAUGUCCGCCGUGGCAACCACCAUGCCCGUUCCGUGCGGGGCCUUCAUGCCGGUUUUCCUCAUCGGCGCGGCAUUUGGCAGACUGGUUGGAGAGAUCAUGGCCGCCAUGUUUCCCGAUGGUAUCCAUGCCGACGGCAGCGUCUAUCCCAUCGUUCCCGGCGGUUACGCUGUCGUGGGUGCUGCGGCGCUUUCCGGGGCCGUCACCCACACCGUGUCCACCGCCGUCAUCGUCUUCGAGCUGACCGGCCAGAUCUCGCACAUCCUGCCCGUGAUGAUCGCCGUGAUCUUGGCCAACGCCGUGGCCCAGGCGCUCCAGCCGUCGCUGUACGACUCCAUCAUCCGCAUCAAGAAGUUGCCCUAUCUUCCCGAGUUGGGCAUGGGCCAUCACGAGAAGUAUAAUAUCCGCGUGGAAGACAUCAUGGUGCGGGACGUGCGCUUCAUCACGCUCACCUCGUCUUAUCGGGAGCUGCAGGGGAUGCUGCUGACCGGUCAGCUCAAGACGCUGGCCUUGGUUGAAUCUCGAGACUCUAUGAUCCUCCUGGGCUCCAUCGAGAAGCUUCAGCUGCAGUCUCUGCUCUCGCUGCAGCUGAGUCGCCAGCGUCGGCUGACCCACCUGAGCCAGCUGCUGUCCCGGGACAGCGACCCCAACGACAACCUGACCAGCCUCACCAGCCUGACUAGCGACAGCGCCCCCACAUCCCCGCGUAACAGCAACAACGCUCAUCGAGGGGUUCACUUCUUGGUGAGCGCCCAAGAGAUCUCCACAGAGGAGUCGUCCUCCUUCGGCUCGGCCGUCUCCAACCUUCGCCGUCCUCUCAAGUCGGCCCUCAAGAGCACGGCGGCCGUCAGCGACGCCGACCCGCCCGACGGUUUUCAGAUGCUGUCCUAUGCCGAGCAAGGCGAAGAGAGGCGAGAGAGUCCGUGUGGGGCGUCCCCGUGCGAAAGGAGGAAGCCCAAACGCGUGAGGAUCUCUAUGACGGACUCGACUGAAGUAGACGAUUGUAUGAGCCCAACUGAGAUCACCGAGUGGGAAGAACAGCAACUGGACCAGCCGCUGGAUUUUAAGAACUCCAAGAUUGAUCCGGCUCCAUUCCAGCUAGUGGAGCACACCUCGCUUCAUAAGACCCACACCAUUUUCUCCCUUCUGGGUCUGGAUCACGCCUACGUGACCAGCAUGGGCCGUCUGGUCGGCGUCGUCUCGCUCAAAGAGUUACGUAAGGCCAUCGAGGGCUCAGUGACGGUGGCAGGGGUGAAAGUGCGCCCCCCGCUGGCCAGUUUUCGUGACAGCGGCAACACCAGCAGCAUCUCCGAGGUCACAGAGCUCCACAAACUGUGCAUGCGCCACCGGGGACUCUCGUUGCCGCGGGAACCCAGACCGCCGGACCAGGCGGAUGUCCGGCCAGACGUGGCGUACCACGAUAUGCCCAUCGACGUGUCGGACCAGACCGAGCCGGGCGAGCCAACGCUCCGGGAGAGCCCCUCGUUCACCGAGGACCAGUCGGACUUUACCUUUGACUGCAGCCCCGCCCACACGGAGGAGUCCGAGCUGGUUUGUGACUUUGAACCACCGCCGGGCCAAAUUCCUGAGCCAGAACAAGUGACGCCAGAAAGCUGGAGCGCCCCUCUGAGUGGGGACCAAUCAGAACCAGAGGCAAGACCAAUCGCUGACAAGUGAUGAAUGUUGACUUUUCUUCCAUUAGAGUAGCUCCUCCAUUUGACACUGCCUUGCUUAAGACACAGUCUGGCGAGAACUAGCGAUUAAUCCAGAGGCACAAAGUCCAACGUUUUUUUGCGAAUGUCUUUGCGACCGUUGGCGAGCUUGAACCAACGCUGACAUACAAAACACUCGCAAAACUACGCCUUACCUGCCUUCCAGACCAAUAGGGGGCAGUGUAAUAUUUUUGUAGGGUGACACAUUUGAUUGGGCUUUUUUUUCCAUUUGUGUCGGUAUGGGGAGCCCAUAUGGUGCAAUACUUAGCCCACAAAUAUACAAGUAUAUAAAAGUUCCUUUGUUGCAGUAGCUCACUUCAAAAAGUGGAACUUUGGCUCAUUUGCGUCACCUGUAAGAUAUGAGAGUCAAGAUUAUUUGAUUGAAUCAUGAAAUAUUGCACUCUGGGUAGUGAAUCUGUAAGUUUCACAUUUUAAAUUGAUCUAUAAUCCAAUUUAUUAGGAUGCAGCUAUAGAUCCUUUUUUGGUACAAAUGUUGUUGACGUAAAAUUAUUCACAUUCACACCAUAUGCAAAAUGCUUAAUAAUAGCAACUCUGAACAAUAUAACAACUGUAUGAAAUAUGUUAGUCGCAUCAUAUUUUAUAUAGAUAGUCUGACUUGAUUAAGGCCCCUUCAUUUAAAAA